AUGGGAGACAGAAACACUUCACAUAGCUGUAAUGCUGGAGUUGGCAAAUCGAGCUUUAUCAACGCUAUUCAAGACGUCAAGCCAGAUGAAGAUGGUUGGGCACCCGUUUCUGUCGUUGAAGGAACCAUGCGUCCAACAAAAUAUAGCCAUCGCGUAUUUUCUAAUAUAUUGCUAUGGGAUCUUCCAGACGUUGGAACAGAACGUUUCAGGCGAGAAACGUACAUGGGCCAGGUUGAAUUUGAAAGGUACGACUUCUACAUAAUUGUUUGCGCAGGGCGUUUUACAGAGAAUGACAUAUGGCUCGCCGAAACGAUUCGCCAAAAGUGUAAAACUUUCUUCUUUGUCCGCACGAAAGUUAAGCAAGACAUCGAUUACGAGAGACGAGUCUACGCGGGCCCAUCGGUUUUCGACGAAAAAUUUGUGCUUAGAAAAAUACGGAGUAAUUGUUUAGAUAGUUUACCAAUCUCGCGGCGUGGAGUAGUUUUCCUUAUCGACAAUUACGAACAACACCUGUACGACUUUGGUAAGCUUGCAAUGGCUAUCAUAGACAAUUCACCGCCGGAGAAGAGACAGGUGGCCACGUUUGGGAUGUGUCUUUUGACCGAAGAUGUCAUCAAGGCAAAGGAAGAAGAACUAAAGAAUCGGAUCUGGAAAACCGCCCUGAUGGUUGCCGUAACUGAUGAGUCGUCCAUUGAUGUGUUUGGCAUUUCGUCAACUGAUGAUUAUCUUUUAAAAGAGGCACAGUUCUAUCGGGAGCAGUUUCAGCUAACAAAUGCGCACUUAGAGAAGUACGCUGAAGCUGAAGGUAAAACGAAAAAAGAGUUUAUGUAG